CCCAGGACCCUGCAUUCCCUAUAUCUGGUCUCUCACAAAAUGUUUUCCAAACAUCCCGUGUACAUGGAGCCUAAAGUGUUACUAAACCCUGGACCCUGCAUUUACUAUAUCUGGUCUCCAACAGUACAAACAACAUGGAAAUGCAAUUAUUUUAGUAAAUAUAAACUGCUAAAUAUCUUUUCUCAUCAGCAGUUAGAGUAGUCUUGUGACCUCAGUAUCCAGCAGAGCACUGGUUAAAGCUUGUAGGAGUUUUCUUUCUGCUCUAG